CGAGCAGCUCUCCCCGGAAGCACGGACCGAGCCGCCAGGCUCCGCGGCAGGACCAAACCUGAAACGCGCGGGACGCCGGCCGCCCGGCCCUGGGCGUCCCCAGACGGUGGCCCUGACCUGACCCCCGAGCUGCGCCGCACUCCCGGCCACAAGUUUGCCUCGCGCCGGCCAACUUGCGGGUGUGGAGCUUCCCUCGGGCUCCGGGAAGAGCGACCCCGCUCCUUGCUCGGGCUGGUCCGGGAUGGCCGGGCCGGGGACCUCGCCUCACCUCUGGGGAUGGCUGCUGCUGGGCGGCUGUCUCCUCGCCAGAGCCCAGCUGGAUUCUGAUGGCACCGUUACAAUAGAGGAGCAGAUUGUCCUUGUGCUGAAAGCUAAAGUGGAGUGUGAACUCAACAUCACAGCCCAGCUCCAGGAAGGAGAAGGAAAUUGUUUCCCAGAAUGGGAUGGACUCAUUUGUUGGCCUAGAGGAACAGUGGGCAAAAUAUCGGCUGUCCCAUGCCCUCCUUAUAUUUAUGACUUCAAUCAUAAAGGAGUUGCUUUCCGACACUGUAACCCGAAUGGAACAUGGGAUUUUAUGCACAGUUUAAAUAAAACAUGGGCUAAUUAUUCAGACUGCCUUCGCUUUCUGCAGCCAGAUAUCAGCAUAGGAAAGCAAGAAUUCUUUGAGCGCCUCUAUGUCAUGUACACUACUGGAUACUCUGUCUCCUUUGGGUCCCUGGCCGUGGCUAUUCUCAUCAUUGGUUACUUCAGACGAUUGCAUUGUACGAGGAACUAUAUCCACAUGCACUUAUUUGUGUCUUUCAUGCUGAGAGCUGCGAGCAUCUUUGUCAAGGACAGAGUGGUCCAUGCUCACAUAGGAGUAAAGGAACUGCAGUCCCUGAUGAUGCAAGAUGACCUACGAAGUUCCAUAGAAGUGCCUUCUGUGGACAAAUCACAAUAUAUUGGGUGCAAGAUUGCUGUUGUGAUGUUUAUUUACUUCUUGGCUACAAACUACUAUUGGAUCUUGGUGGAAGGUCUCUAUCUGCAUAGUUUAAUCUUUGUGGAGUUCUUUUCGGACACCAAGUACCUGUGGGGCUUCACCUUGAUAGGCUGGGGGUUCCCAGCGGCAUUUGUUACAGCCUGGGCUGUGGCACGAGCAACUCUGGCUGAUGCAAGAUGCUGGGAACUUAGUGCUGGAGACAAGUGGAUUUAUCAAGCCCCAAUCUUAGCAGCUAUCGGGCUGAAUUUUAUUCUGUUUCUGAAUACAGUUAGAGUUCUGGCUACCAAAAUUUGGGAGACCAAUGCAGUUGGGCAUGAUACAAGAAAACAAUACAGGAAGCUCGCCAAAUCGACACUGGUGCUGGUGCUGGUCUUCGGGGUGCAUUACAUCGUGUUCGUGUGCCUGCCCCACUCCUUCGCCGGGCUCUGGUGGGAGAUCCGGAUGCACUGUGAGCUCUUUUUCAACUCCUUUCAGGGUUUCUUUGUGUCUAUCAUCUACUGCUACUGCAAUGGAGAGGUUCAGUCCGAGGUGAAGAAGCUGUGGAGUCGGUGGAAUCUCUCCGUGGACUGGAAAAGGACUCCCCCAUGCGGCGGCCACAGAUGCGGCUCCGUGCUCACCACCGUGACUCACAGCACCAGCAGCCAGUCGCAGGUGGCGGCCAGCACGCGCAUGGUGCUCAUCUCUGGCAAAGCCGCCAAGACAGCCGGCCGGCAGCCCGACAGCCACGUGACUUUACCCGGCUAUGUCUGGAGUAACUCGGAGCAGGACUGCCUGCCACACUUGAUCCACGAGGAGACCAAGGAAAGUAACGGGAGGCAGGGAGAUGAGAUAACAACGGAGGAGUCCUCCAGGCAACUAGAAUUUCACCCAGACCAUGAAGGGAGGAAAGGAGAAACUGAGGAUGCUCUGUAAAUGGAGAGCCGUGUCUUUGAAGAACUGGUCCAUCGGGUAGUGUCAGAGGAGCUUGGUCGGCAUUCUUCUACUUGAGCCCCAGAGCUGAACAUUCAGGGUUGAAGUGUUCACAGAAAUUUUCAGGCUCCAUGAAUUGGCUCCUGUAAAUA